CCGCGGCGGGAGCGCCGGCGCGCGGGUGACGCCGCGGCGGGAAGGGGGCGGCGCCAUGGAGGCCGCAGCCAAGGGCGGCUUCGUCCUGGGCAACCUGGCCGAGGUGGUGGAGCGCGUCCUCGGCUUCCUGCCCACCAAGGCGCUGCUGCGCGCCGCCUGCGUAAGCCGGCUAUGGAGGGAGUGCGCCCGGCGGGCCCUGCGGGCGAGGCAGCGCGUCGCCUGGGUGUCGGCGCUGGAGCCGGGCCCCGCCGAGAGCCACGCGCUGGUGCGCGCGCUGGCCCGCGAGCUGGAGAAGGUGCAGGUGCUGCCGCACACGGUGCUGUACGUGGCAGACGCAGAGACGUUCAGCGGACACGAGGAAUGCCAUGAGCAGAAGAAAGCCAGGAAGAGAAACAGUAAAGAAACAGCAACCGCACUUGAAAAAUUGUUGCCAAAGCGAUGUCAGGUUCUUGGACUGGUCACCCCAGGGAUUGUAGUUACCCCUAUGGGUUCAAGCAGUAAUCAGCCUCAAGAAAUUGAAGAGGGCGAAGCUGGUUUUGCUCUGUUGUUUCCCAAAAUUGAUGGGGUGAAAAUUCAUACCUUCCAUUUUUCUAAAGACUUGAAGAACAGGGUCUUUGAUGAAAGUAAAUUUGCGGAAGCAGGUCUGAAGAAUAACCCGGAUCUCCGGGUGGUUCUUCUGUUUGGCUACAACUCCUGGAAGUCUGGAGCUACUCGAUUUCUUCAUCAAAUAGUCAAUCCCUUGAAUGAGAAAAGUAUCAUCCUGGCUGGGGGACAAGUGGAGAGCUUUACAUCACUUACCUCUGAGACUAGCAACGCGCAGCCCGGCGAUGCCUGUGGUGUGGUCGGGCUGGCUUUCAGUGGGCCCCAGAUCCAGAGUGCCACUGUCCUGUUAGACCAGGACGUAGCCGAUGAGAGGACAGCAGAAGCCGCCAUGCAGCGUCUCAAAGCAGCAAACAUCCCGGAGUGUAACACCAUUGGCUUCAUGUUUGCCUGUGUUGGCAGAGGAUAUCGGCAUUAUAAAACCAAAAGGAAUAUGGAAGCGGAUGCCUUCAGGAAGUUUUUUCCAAACGUUCCCCUCUUUGGCUUUUUUGGACAUGGGGAAAUAGGAUGUGAUCGAAUAGUUACUGGGAAUUUCGUAUUAAGAGAAUGUAAUGACAUAAAGGAUGACCUGCUGCAUGGUUACACUACUGUUAUGACCCUUAUUCAUCUUGGUUCAACUAAAGCAAACCAAGCGUAAAUGUUUUUAAUGCUUCAGUGAGCUGUUUGUUUCAUUCCAGAAAGCAGAGAAGUCUGGAAGGGUGGACAUCUUGCAAUCAAAACCCCUUCCAAAAGAUAAACAUCAUUUUGUAUCAAAUCUUGUAGUUGGAAUAGGUUUAUUAUAAUAGCUGCGAGAAAGCUUUGCAUUUUGUGUAAUCCCCUGUACAGCUCAGAAUUGCAGGUAAAUGAAGUUUGAUGGAAUUCUGGAGUCGAAGAAAGCCUGUUUCUUCCAAAAUGAGAACAGUUUGCACAGAUAGCAGUUGGAGUCCAAAUACCAACACGCAGAAAGACACGGUACCUGGAUGUGCUCUAUUUAUGUAUGUAAAAAGGGUCCAGAAAAACUAUGGCUGCAUACUGAAAUAGCUGAUGCAUAAAAUCCACCAUUUCCUGGAUUUUAUUUCAAGAGAGAUGCACAACCUGCCCAGAGUCCUAUUUACAAAACUGAAUAGGUUUAGUAGAUAAAAUGAAUGAAAAUCUUCAGAGAGAAUUAACAGAGUGCUCAUUAAAUAAAGAUGAAAAUACAUAAAAGUA